GCUCUGCAUGAAGCGGAAACACGACUCUGUUAUAAAGUAGCGUAAAAUUUCAUCAGCGCGGAACAGAGAGAGUUACAGGAGACUCCAACUUCAUUCAGGAAGAGCUCUGUCAUCUGUCUGAGAUCUUUCUUCACUGCUUCAGAGCUCAAACAUCAGGCAACCAUGUCUUACCUUCCAUCUCUCUUCAAAUAUGUGGACGAACACCAGGACGAAUAUGUUAAGCGCCUGGCCGACUGGGUGGCCGUGCAGAGCGUGUCCGCCUUGCCUGAGAAACGAGGAGAGAUCAAGAAAAUGAUGGAGAUGGCAGCCAAAGACAUAGAGCGGCUCGGAGGCACUGUGGAGCUGGUGGACAUUGGCAAACAGAAGCUGCCGGGCGGAGAGGAGAUUCCUCUUCCUCCUAUAAUCCUGGGCAGGCUGGGCUCAGACCCAGGCAAGAAGACGGUCUGCAUCUACGGUCAUCUGGACGUCCAGCCGGCUAAUAUUGAGGACGGCUGGGACACUGAGCCAUUUACACUGGUGGAGAAAGACGGAAAACUUUAUGGGCGUGGAUCUACAGAUGACAAGGGUCCUGUGCUCGCCUGGUUCAACGUUAUCGAGGCCUUUCAGAAGAUCGGACAGGAACUGCCCAUCAAUAUCAAGUUCUGCUUCGAGGGCAUGGAGGAGUCUGGCUCGGAGGGUCUGGACGAGCUGGUGUUCUCCAGAAAAGACAGCUUCUUUAAAGACGUGGAUUACGUCUGCAUCUCUGACAACUACUGGCUGGGAAAAAACAAGCCCUGCAUUACAUACGGCCUGCGCGGAAUCUGCUAUUUCUUUAUUGAAAUCGAGUGCUGUGAUAAGGAUCUGCAUUCUGGAGUGUUUGGAGGCUCAGUUCACGAAGCCAUGACCGACCUGAUUGCUCUUAUGGGCUCCUUGGUGGAUAAGAAGGGGAAGAUCUUGGUGCCGGAGAUAUAUGGAGAUGUGGCUCCUCUGACAGACGAGGAGAAGAAGCUCUAUGAGAAGAUUGACUUUGAUUUAGUGGAAUAUGCGAAAGACGUGGGCGUCUGUGGGCGUCUGCUUCACGCCAGCAAGGAGCAAAUCCUGAUGCACCGCUGGAGAUACCCGUCUCUGUCUCUGCACGGCAUCGAGGGAGCUUUCUCUGGUGGUGGUGCCAAAACCGUCAUCCCACGCAAAGUUAACGGCAAGUUCUCCAUCCGCCUGGUGCCAGACAUGGACCCCAAAGUGGUGGAGAAACAGGUUGUUUCCUACCUGGAGAAGAAGUUUGCUGAGCUGGAGAGUCCCAAUAAGCUCAAUGUGUUCAUGGGCCACGGAGCCAAAGCCUGGGUCUCUGAUUUCAACCACCCUCACUACAUGGCUGGAAGGAAGGCCAUGAAGACUGUGUUUGGAGUGGAGCCUGAUCUGACCCGUGAGGGAGGAAGUAUUCCAGUGACUCUGACCUUCCAGGAAGCGACCGGACGCAACGUUAUGCUGCUUCCUGUCGGAUCAUCGGACGACGGAGCUCAUUCCCAGAAUGAGAAAUUCAACAGGUCUAACUACAUCCAGGGCACCAAAAUGUUGGGCGCUUACUUCCAUGAAGUAUCUCAGCUCAGUUAACUGAACCCGGGUUGGAUCUGUGUUGCCAGGUUGUCUUAAAAACGGUGUGAAAAUGCUCUUUUACAGUACGGUGCAAAAGUCUGUGCAAAAAGUCACAGUUUAUUGUUAAUAAAUUAUCCAUAAAUCUCAGCAUUAACAGAGUGUGAGGUUAACUGACACAAAUACACCAAAUAAUCUAUUCAACAUUUAUAUAUACAAUAUAUAUAUAUUAACCAUAAGAAAUGUAAUUGUGUAAAAAGGGAAAUUGCUUAUUGGCUACUGGCUUUUCUGCGUUUUAAUUCAGCUUUAUUAUAAGUGACCUGUUUUACCUACAUGAUAAUGACUGAUUUAUAUGAAGUAGGUAUUUGGAUUUAAUGAGGAUUAAACACUUGGAACCUAUUCUGUCUCAUAUAUAAUCUUACAGUGAAUUACUUAUAUAUUUAACCCUUCAGACCCUGCGUCCAUUACCGAAGACAUCAUAUAAUUUCUAGUUUUGUUGCACAUAACACUAAAAAAUAUGUGCUGUAUAGAGAUGGUUUGUAAAAUAAAAUGUUUAAUAUUAAAUAUAAUACAUGUUAAACACAGGCUUCCUGUGCAAUUUACAUUUAAAAAUUAAACAUUUAAAUAUUUUAGUUAAUAUAUUGUCGCUGACCAAUGAAAAACAAAAUAAAUCUCCAAAACAGUAACUUUUCAGGUCAAUGUAAAAAUAAUAGUUUAAUUCAGGUAAUUUUAUAGAAUUUCUAUUGGUGCAUUCAUUUUUAUAUAAUUUUACUUCUAAUUGUUCCUGAUACAUCAGCUCACAGACGCAGCCUUGUGCUGAUCCACAUCACCCUAGGAGUGAUGAAAGAGGGGAAAGAGUGUCAUCUACUGAUAUACUGUACCCACCCAAAGAGAGCAAGACCAACUGUGCUCUCUCAGGGCUCUGGCAGCUGAUGGCAAGCUGCAUGACCGGGAUUUGAACCAGCGAUCUCACAAUCAACCACUUGCUUUACUAGAAAUUGUAACACAAUGUAAGAAGGGACAGUUACUGUGUUGUAAUGUAAUAAAUAUGUAAUAAAUUAAAAAAAUGUUUUUUUAUUGGACAGUGUGCAUUAAAGACAAAUAAACGCAGUUUUCAUUAGAGGAAUUUAAUUCGGAGUAUUCUGAAAGGGUUAAACUAAUGUAAAUUGGGUCAAAUACAUACUAAUUAUCCUAAAAAAUUACUUUUAUCUUAAUAAAUGUUUUUUUUUCUUCAUAUAUGCAGACUUUUGCACUGUACUGUAUAAUUUUUUUUUCCAGGAAAUAUAUGAUUAUGGUAUGCUAAAUAUAUCCGAAGGUUGCAGACAGUGAUUGGCUGUUGAGGCAGUAUGUCAGGAACCAAUCACAUCCCCUCUAUUGGAUUUUAUGUGUUUUGCUGUGUGAAUUUCAACAAUCAGUCUUAGUUUACACCAAAAAAAAUCACCCAAGGUUUACUUAUGCAAAGUCAUUCAUGCAUUUAUACUGCAGAUACCUCUUCUCAUGUAUGAGCGUUUGUGUAUUGUUUGCUCUGUAUGUCCAAAUAUGCUGUUUUUGAGCUUCGACUGCCGUUAUUUUGCCUUGAAAACUGAAUCCAGACUAAAUUACUUGAACUGUAGCACACCUGACACACGAUAUACUGCCUCAGUGUACAGAAAUGUAAAGGGCUGCCUCUGCUCUUCAUUCUUCACUCUCUCUCUUUUUCUGUUUAAUCCAGUAAUACUCAGAAUAAUCAACCAAUAUACUCGACUGGGAUACUGUCUGCUUUACACUGAACUGGAAAUGUAACUGUUAAGAGCUUUUUUUAUGCUUUACCUCAUCCAUCAAAUCAUCUGAACAAUAAAAACGCCACUCAUUUAA